AUUAGUAUUGCUACUUGAUGUGCAUUGGUUGGGUCUUGUUUCUUUUUCGUCUUCCCGAGUAAGAAAACCGAUUCAUAUCCUUCUUAGUGCUGCAACGCCGUCGUUUUCUAUUGUUUUCCUUCUAAAUUGAUGGGAAUAUUCAGAAAGUUUUUUGGAGGACUCUUAGGGUUUGCUAAAGACGACGACCACGAUCACGAUUCUAAGGAUGAUAACCACGAUCAGCCCUCCGGUCAACCUCUUCCCACGAACUUUCGCGUCAGAGAUACCGGUAUUCCUCGUAGAGGCUUUAGCGUCCCCGUUCAGGUUGUACAAGAUCGUCCUCAACUUGGUCCCAUUCUCACUCCUUCCGUCUCCGGCGACGGCGGAGUUCAGGGUCUGGGGUGGUAUGCAAAGCAUCUUAAGAUAGACGAAGAUGGAGAUAUAGCAAAUAAAUUCUUUGACGAGGUUUCAUCAGAGACUCCUGCAUUAUCUGCAGAUCAUCAUAAAGCAACAGCAAGGUUUAAACUGAAGCAUGACACUAUGCCAGUUAAAGUGAAGAAACAGGUCCUGUCAUCAGACGGGAAAUUUCAGCAGUGUGUGGAACACCAGGGAAGGUUGCAGUGGGUAUAAGUAAUCUCUUAGAAAUGGAGAUAUGGCUAUUCAUUUGUCGAACUUUGAUUGUUGUGCAUAUGGUUGGAACCUGUAGUCAAAACGCUCAUUUAUAACUGAGGCUUACUUUCCUUUUUCCUCAAUGUUUACUUCUUUCACUAGCUAUUAAUAUAUGCCUGGGAAUUGCUGCAUUUUGAUGAAAGUAUGUCGGGAAUUAAAUGUACUACAAUUUUAGGAAGCUUACUACUGAAAGAGUUAAGAAAUCUCAUCUCUAAGAUUACGGAAUCUGGUUUAAAUUAUUA